AAGUAAUAAAUAAUUUAACUAUUUUUUCAGAUAAAUAUAAGAAGAAAAAUAUAAUAAUAACAAAAACAAUAUAUAUAAAACCAUAUAAUACACCAUGAGCAAUCAAACACCACUGUCGGCGGAGUACCCACUAACACUACAGGCAAUCGAUUUCUUUGAAAAACUUAGAGAUGAACUAUUAAACGGCCCUCACCACCAAUACAUAAGACGGAAUAGAAUUUGUGUAGGAUGUUUUAAACAACAUGUCAGAGAAGCGAACAGAAAAAUGAGUAUGCCAUUGAACCCAUACAUAUUAAGCAGGGCAAUGAUAACAGUUACGGCGUUUAUACACGCGGUAAUAAAACAUCCGAACGCGGAGAGAUCAGUGUGUAUAGAAGUAGGGGAAAUACUAGAGGAUGUUAUUGCUCGACGGAUUAUUUCGGUUAAUCACUUAUUCGAAGAAUAAAAAAAAAAACAAACAGGAAAAAAAAAAUAAUAAUAAUAAUAUAUAUAUAUAUAUAAAGAAUUUAAAUAAUUAUAAUGUUAUGAAUAAUGUAUUUUUAUUCUAGUUCCCAGAUCCAUUUCUUAUAGUAGAGUUUGCUAUGAUGGACAGAACCGAAUAUUAUCGGUAUCUGACGCUGUGAUCUAAACAAGUUUUGCAAAGUAUCAAAAGGGUAUUCAAGGAAAAGCCAAGCUUGACCACACCAUUGUUGGACCAAUUGUAUGGGAGUAAAAACCAUCAGGGGGUGUCAACCUUAUCAACUGUUUACCUACAAGAUACUUGCACAUACAUAAUAGAGAACCGAUAGUAAUAUUUGAAACGAAUCAACGGAUUGACGAUAAUAAAAGGUUAAGACUUAAGGUUACAGGGUAUAAUCGCACAUUUAAACAUAAUUAAAUGAACGAUACGAUCUUAAAACCUUGAAUAAAAUAACUAGAAAUCUCGAGCAUUUUAUGAAUGACCAUUGUAACAGUGAAUGUAAAAAAUUACUGAAAAUAAUUGAAAACACGAGAAAUCCAAUUUAUAUACUCGACUAUCCUAAAUAGUUUAAAUUUAAUUCAUAUUUUGCAUACGUACGUAACAAAUUCAUAAUAUUAUUCACAGAUAAAAAUAAUAUAGUA